GGCUCGCGGCGUCCGGGCGUCCCGGAGCCCGGGCAGCUCCUCGCCCGCCCCCACUUCGGGCUAGCCCGAAAACCUUGGGGGUGUUGCGCUCAGCCUUCAUGUAACUCCACCGAGUGGUUCUCACCCCUGUUUAGCACGGUGCCUGGAGCAAAUCUGAAGUCAUGGAUGUGGAAUUGGUGGAUGAGGCGUGCCUGUUUGCAGUUAAUGACCCCACCCCACAGGCUCUAGGGAGCAGGAGAGAUGCUAUGGUUGGUGCCCCUGAAGGCUUAGGGGAUUCGGUGGGAAAGGAGCCUCCACUGAGUAUGGAACCUGAACAGGAGGUAGAAAAAGAAUCUACUUGUGUUGGGAUGACGCCCAGCCAAGAGAUGAUGCCUCCUGUGGAGGUGGACAUUGGGCUACCCCCUUCAGAGGAGGAAGAUGAAACUAAGAACACAGAGCCUCAAUUAGGCUUGAUCAUAGACCCUGCAGAGGGCCAUUCUGCCCAGCAACCUGAAGAGAAAAAGGAUGCUGAAAACACCGAACCGGGAGUGGAGCCUCCAGAUCGCAUCAGAUCCAUAUACGCUGGGAAAUUUUUUGAUCGGAUGCCUUGCUGGCCAAGUGCUGGUAAAGUUAUUCCUAUUGGAUACAGAGUUGCAAACUGCUUGACUGAAAAACUUCCCAGGUUAACGACCCCACCGGAGGCAAAAAAAUUUUUCAACUUCAGAUAUCCACCUGUUGGAGCAGAAAGAGUGUUUUAUGGCAGAGCGAAUGAUCCCCAAAUCCCACCUUAUUUGACACAUGGACUCAGAUCUACACAUUCAAUACCAGCAAAGGUAUUGAUAAACCCACAACCUAUUACAACAUUUCAACAGAGAAUUAAAGAUAAAAAGGAAUCAAUAUAUUUUAGUAAUCGAUGGGCGCCAUUAGGAAAAUCUCAUGAUCAAACACCAGGAUUACCGAAAGGCCUGGAUAUACUCAAUACCACAUUUGGGACAGCAGUCAUCAGAGAAUUUUCUGCUAGAGAUGUGGUGAAUCCACCAAAAUCCUAUGAAGAAGUAUUUAAAGAAGGAAGGGAAGGCCAUGAUCUGUAUAUUGUUUCUCACAAUAGUUAUUUUGCAGGAGAAGCAAAGAACAGAAAGUAUAAUCCAGCAAGUUUCCAUAGGUUUAAUUUGUAUGGGGGCCCAACACCGCAUUUUAAUGAUGGAAGAAACAUGGCAAAAACUUUACACUGGCUCCAAGAAAUGCAAAUGAAAAAAGGAGCUAAGAUUGUAUCUAAGAGAGUGGAUGAUUUCAAAGAAAAGUUUCAACAUAAACUUGGAAGAGUUUUAGAUCCCAUUGCAGAAACAAUGAAUGUUCCCCCAGACCACACAUUUGGAGCCUGUCUCCGUCCUGAAGAAUACGGAGCUGGUGAUCUCAUCCAUAAUAGACGUCCUGGUGAAUAUCUUCGAGGCAAGGAUAGACAGCGAGCCCUGAUUUCAGCAGUUCGACAUCACUUUAAGAAAGUUAACUACCAAAACUUUGACACCCUGCUGUCUGCCUUCCGGCACUAUGAUAAGAAGGGAGAUGGGAUGAUAGAUAAAGAUGAGCUUCGGGAAGCUUGUGAACAGAUCAACUUGCAUUUAGAUGAGAAACUCCUGGACCAGCUAUUUGAGUACUGUGAUGUGGAUAAUGAUGGACUGAUUAACUACCUAGAAUUUGCAAAUUUUCUGACCUGGAAAGAUAAAAUGCCUCCUCAGGAAUCUGAAAAGAGGGUCAUUAUUACAGGUAGUCGGAUAGACUGUACAGAACCUACUGAGAAGAAAUUUGAAAAAUGUGAACCAACACUCUUGAUAAAACCUGAAGACAUUGUCAUUAAAGAACCAGGGAGCUCAGAAACAACUCUUCGGACACUUCUGAGGCCAAGUGAUAAAGUUUCUAAUCACUAUAAGACAACUUCUUCUGAGAUCAGUGCGGUUGUAGGAGGUGUUCCUUCUACUUGUUAUCCCAUCUGUGGUGUCCCAACCAUCCGGUCUGACAUUCCUGUCCCCAGAAUUCGUCGCAUCAGCGAUAGGACUAAUUAUGGUGAAGAGGGCAAUGCCUAUUCGUUACUAUACCCUACUGUCUUUGGUCACAAAGGAGUGUUUGAAAGAGACUUCUUCAAGACCAGAUCAAAAAAAGAGAUUGCAGAGAUAUUAUGUAACAUUGGUGUCAAGCUUUCUGAUGAAGAAUUUGAAAAUGUAUGGAAUCUUGCAUCAAAAAAACAUUAUAGAGGAGAAGUUUGCAUUGAGAGUAUCAGAAAUGUUCUAGAUGAGCUACAACAUGCAGACCGGAUUAAAUGUAAACCAACCAUGUGAUAUUCUUGGAGUUCAUUCAUUUAAACAAAAAAUUUGUUAAAUCUUUGUUCAUUUUAAAAUGAUUGAUCAUUCUGGUUUUACUUAUUAUGUUAAAAUUCAGCAAUCACUGUGAUAGGACUCAUAUGCCUGUAUUGUGUUGCAAAUAAAUUAGA